UGGCGGCGGCCGGGAAGCGCCGUGUGGCGAGUGAGAGGUGAAGCCGCUUCCGCCGCCGCGGCCCGUCCAGUAAUAAAAAUGGCGGAGUCGGUGCUGGAAGUUGUGGGCCGGCUGCAGGCUCGGCUCGCGGGCAGCGCGGAUCCCAAGAAGCUGCUGAAGAGUCUGAAGAAGCUGUCUGAGCUGCCCAUCACAGUUGACAUUCUUGUGGAGACAGGCGUUGGAAAGACAGUGAACAGCUUACGGAAGCAUGAGCUGGUGGGAGACUUUGCCAAGAACCUUGUUGCCAGGUGGAAGAAGCUGGUGCCGGUCUCCCAGGAGGCAGAUAGAAAUAAUCUAGAUUCUGAAGAUUGUGACUAUGAGAGGAGCAGCUCAAGGAAAAGACAAGCACCUUCUCCCCAGGAGGAUGAGGAACAUGACCAGGACUACUCAGAGCCUUUCCAGCCUUCCUGCAGCCAGCUCUACAGCCCAGAUCAUAGAGAAAAGAAAUCCAAAAGGUAUUUAGGGCCUGAGAAAUCUAAUGAGGCUUAUGGUUGUAGCAGCCAAGAGGAUAAGAGAUGGGACAGAUCUUCCCCAGUGCUCUCUUCAGAUCAGGAGUACUCGGACUAUGGACAAGCUGUGUCACCUGAGCCAAGUGAGAGCCCUCAGGAUACGUACACAGACCCUUAUGCCUCUGACGAGCAGGAAGAACCAACAGUGUUUCAUCAUAAAGCCAGUAAGGGCCAUGGCUUUCAGGAGAAGCUGGGGGAAAGCUGGGAGAGGAACCCUGGUGAUCUCCACGACAAAGGGAAUGCGAGUGGAAGCAAAGAGCACAAGUCUUCUCACAAGGAGAAGCAGCGAUCUGAUGGCCGAGGGGAGAACAAAACCUCUGCCUUCAGCCCUGACAAAUUGCACAAGACCUCUUUUAAAGAGCAUCUCCGAGAAAGCCCUGUGGUAGGGGGCAGCAAGGAAAAGCACAGGAUGUCAGAUGGCACUAAGAAGGAGAAAAACCGAGAAAAUAGCUCUUCCAGAAAAGAGAAGCUGCACGUGCAGCCACGCUUGGAAGAGUCUGUGGACAACCACACUAAGAAGCGAAAACAUCAGAACUCUGAAAAAAGCAAAGUGGGGAAGUCCAAGCCAAGCCUGGAGACUUCUAACACAGAGCGGGAGAAACACAAAGGUGAGAGUGACUCCUCAAAUAGGAUUAAGGAAAAGGGGACUUCUGGGAGCUUAAAAACAUCUGAGGGGAAGCACAAAGCCUCUGAGUUGGACAAAAAAUCUACUGACUUGUCCUCGAGUUUUGGGGACGGGGAAGUGGAGGAUGAGUUUGAACAACCUACUAUGUCUUUUGAGUCAUACCUCAGCUAUGACCAGCCCCAGAAAAAGAAAAAGAAAGUGGCCAAACCCUCUGCGUCAGCUGGGGAGAAAGAUCAAGGGCACAGCAAACAGAAUGGAUCCAAAGCCAGCACCAAGAGCUCCAGCUCGAGUCGCAAGAGCCCAAGCCACAAGCGGACAAAUGAGAAAAAAGCAGAGAAGAAACAAGCAGAGCCUCCUAAACCAAACAGGAUGCUGAUAGAUGUGGUGCCAACCUUACCAGACAUCCCACUGCCCCCAAUCCAGGCCAACUACCGCCCUCUUCCCUCCAUUGAGUCCAUUACCUGCUCCCAGACAAAAAGGAAAGCAGUGUCCUCACCAGUUGAAGAGAGCGAGGCAGGAUUUAUAGGUCGCCGGUUGAAUUCGAAGAUGCAAGUGUAUUCAGGCUCUAAAACUGCCUACCUCCCAAAGAUGAUGACUUUGCAUGAGCAGUGUAUCAGAGUCCUUAGUAACAACAUUGACUCAAUCUAUGAAGUGGGUGGUGUCCCUUUCUCAGUGCUGGAGCCAGUGUUGGAGAAAUGCACCCCAGAGCAGCUGUACCGCAUUGAGGAAUGUAAUCACGUCCUAAUUGAGGAAACAGAUCAACUAUGGCAUAAUCACUGUCUUAGAGACUUCAAGAAUGAGAAGCCAGAAGAAUUUGAGUCCUGGCGGGAGAUGUACCUCCGACUUCACGACGCUCGAGAGCAGAGGCUGCUCAUGCUGGCGCGGAACAUAGGCUCAGCUCAUGCUAACAAACCUAAAGGUAGAGUGGCCAAAAUGGCCUUUGUGAACUCUACAGUGAAGCCCCCUCGGGAUGUACGGAGAAGACAAGAGAAGUUUGGAACUGGAGGUGCUCUUGUGCCAGAGAGAACCAAAAUAAAACCAGUCCUCUACACAUCUGGCAAAAGCCAUGCUCGCGUGAGCGAGGAGCGGUCCUAUGAUGGGCCCAGCACUAGCAGUGCCCAUUCUGUCCCAUCAUCAGGCAGCACCUUCUCAUCCUAUGACCCUAGGAAGCCACCAGUGAAGAAAAUUGCACCCAUGAUGGCAAAGACUAUCAAAGCUUUCAAAAACAGGUUCUCUAGGAGAUAGGUUGGAAGCACAGAGCUGGGAUUUUUCUCUUUCGUGGGGGAGUGGCACUGAUGGGGGAGAAGGUACCAAAACAGCCCAAGUCCUUUGAACUCUGCGGAGGCUGCAGCUGCUGGGAGAGACUUUGAUCUGCACAAAAUGACAGCACAGUAUUUUAUCUUUUAUUCUCAUCCCUUCUCCCUAACCUCCUGUUUCUGGCCUUGUCUUCUCUCUAAAGAAAGAUGUACAGGAUCUCCAGAUGUGAGAAAAUGUGAAGUCUUGGCACCUGCUGAGAGUAGAAAAUCCAGAGACUAUUUACUAUUUAACCUCUUAAUAAAUUAUGAAAUGGUUUUAAUUAAUUCUUCACCCCUCAAGCCCACUGGUACUAUUUAUGUCGCUUCCAGUAGUCUCCCCCCUCCCAGCCCAGCAGAAGGGCAGGCCCUGGCUGCACUGGCAGGAAUCUGUCCGAAUGGGAGAUGCUUCUCAAAGGAUCCUGUCCUUGUAGCCUGAUACCUGCUGGGCCCGGAGUCCCACCCGGACUCUGGGACAGGUGGCACUGGUUACCCUUCUGCUCAACAGUCCAUUGGCAAGCAGAUCAGGUCCUGAGGCUUUGCUCUCUAAUCGUGUAACUUAAUAAAAUCUUAGCUCUUGA